CUUGUCUUUCUUUUGUAUCAAUCUUAGGAGAAGAUGGAGUUCACAAGUAAACUUGAGCAAUACAAGGAGGGUCUCAAACGCCUUUCUGAUGAACUAGAUAAACUGAAGCAUGCUGAAGCCAGUCUGCCAGAGGGUACCUCAGUGGUUCAGCUUCUUUCCGGGACUGUCUUGGAUGAUCUUGGUGCUGCUUAUGUAUCAGCUGUGGAAAAUUUUGAGAGGACCGCAACGUCUGUCUCUAUGGAGCUUGGAGUUGGUGCUUCUUCAGCAGAAACUUCUAUUCCAGAUGCUUCUGCUGCUGUUUCUGCAGGUCAGUUGGUUUCUUCCCAAUCCACCAUAACUUCAUUUGCGGGCCCUAUUACAAGUCACCUAGCUGGUAAAGCAUCAGAAGAGAAAGAGGGACGGAUUCCUGCCCCCAAAACAAAUAUUGAAACUCGUAAAACAGGUAGGAAGUUGGUGAGGCCCCGGCUUGUUAAACCUGAUGAGCCUCAGGGUGAUGUUGAGAUGUCAGAGGUUGAUGGAUCUAACACCAUUGGGAAGCCUGCACCAUCUCAUGAAUCAGAAUCUCAGCGCAAUCUCACCUUAUUGCCUCAACCCUCUGCCCGCAAACGUCAAGCUUCAUCUGCUUCUGAAUUGAACGAGCAGCCCCUUAAUCAAGGGGAGCCCGGUUCCAAUGUUCGGGCACCUGUGCAGAAAAGACCCAAAGGUUCCAAUUCUUCACAUGAGGGUACUGAAAAUUUAGCUGCUAGCCCUUCAGAAAGUCCUGUGAUUCCAGCAGCAGUGGAGGAAGCUUUGAAUUCUAGUGGUGAUGUAACUCAAGGUUCAAACGGGGAAGGUAUUGCUGAGAAGGAAGAUGUUGAGACUAGUGCGGAGAAAGGUGAGUCACCAAAGGAGUUGGAGCAAUUAGAUGAGCUAAUUGAAUCACAGAAUGAGAAGAAUGAUGUGGGAGAAGAGAAUUUGGAUAAGGCAAGUGGAAGUGGGAUGGAGUUGGAUGGUAGUUCAAAGGAUCAGGCUGUAGAAGACAACCCACAAUCUGUAAUGGAAUUUGAGGGUGAGAAGGAAGAGGGAGAGCUGGUGCCUGAUGUUGCAGAAGGUGAGGAAGGUGGUGAUGUGUCUAACAUGAUGGCAAGUCCAGAAAUAGGGGAGGUACUAGCAGCGGAGGUUGGCACUACUCCUGUGGCUUCACCAGCUAGGAUUGAUGAAGAUGCUGGCAUAGUUGGUGCAGGGUUGGAGUUGGGCGAGAUUAAUUCUCCCGAGGUAGUAGUCAAUGAAGAGAAGAAUGAUGAAGGGGAUUUAGCUGAGGAGGCUGUUGAAAGUUCUGAUAAAUCAACUGAUGCUCAGAUUGCAGUUGAGACCGAUCCAAUUCCUGAAACUGCUUCAGUCACAGUUGAGAAUGCAGCAGCAGCAGCAAAUGUGAGCACUGAAGUUGAUACCAUGAAGCAAGUAGCUGAGGGUGAAGACGUCAAACAAGCAUCACCUGCAAGUAAUACCUCAACCGUUGUGAAUUUAGCAGAAAGAGCUAAGGAAAGGGCUAUGCUUAGACAGUCUGGAGCUACAGUGCUCUCUCCUUCAGGCAGUAGGGGUCGCGGUCGAGCAGUCCGUGUUCGAGGUGGACGUAUUUUACGCGGUGGACGAGCUGGACCUGGACGUGGGCAUACUACUGGCCCACAGGGUUAAAGCUUUUUCUGUACAAUUAUUAACACUAUACUGCAUAUGUGUUCAAAAUUGUGAUGGAAUUUUUUUUUUUUUUUUUUUUUUU